AUGACCCGACAGAUGCAUGUCUCGCUGUUUCUCCUGCUGCUGUUGUGUCUAUUUGUACAGUUGUGCAGCACGAGUGGAAUCCUCGCUGCGCCGUCGGCUGGAGUUGUGCAGGAGGUGCCCCUUAAGGGACAGAGUGGUGUGCAGGCGUACACUGUCUCUACGGGGUACCGCCAUCUGAUCCGCAUUGUGACGUCAACCAAGGAUCUGGAAAACAAGAGAAAGUACUGCAGCGCGGAGGGGAUGCCUAUCUGGGACUUUGAUGGCAAUGUCAUCAAAUGCCACAACUACCAUGUCCUGAAGACAGAGGAUGUGCAGUACCUGAAGAAUGAAAUCCUUCCGGCAGCUGUGAAAUUGCACGCGGAUCGUUUGCGCGUUGACCCUGUGAAGGGUUCGUUGGUUGUUCCUGAGUUUGAAGAGGAGAGUACUUGCAGUUACUUCACUGUUCCCGUUUCUCAUCACUGCAAGGGUGUCAAUAAUUCUGACAUGGUCCUCUAUGUUGCAGCGAAACCUGUGAACCCUUUUGCUACUAUUUGCGCUAAUGCUAGCUCUGGUCGUCCCAUUGCUGCCGCAAUGAACUUCCGUGUCUACAGGAAGUAUGGACUACGGUACAAUGUUCGUCUUGCCACACAUGAGAUUGCCCAUGCACUUGGAUUUGACUACCAGAAUUUUGUGGAUAACAAGAUGGUAUCAACGCUGGAAAAUCUGCGCGGCAAGAGUCGUGUGGUGGUUGUCUCUCCCCGAACGCUGGAAGAAGCAAAGAAACACUACGGUUGUGGAAACCUUAAGGGUGUGCACUUGGUUUCCUCGCACUGGGACCAUCGAAUUGCGAAGGAUGAGCUGAUGAGCAGCUACACUGUAUUCGGUGCCGGCUACUACACUGCCUUGACGAUGUCUGUGUUUGAUGAUCUACCAUAUUAUUCUGCCAAUUGGGGAAUGGAAGAGCCGAUGGCAUGGGGCAACAACUCUGGUUGUGAAUUCAUUAACGGUGCAUGCACCGUCAACACAGAGAAUACAAAGACAACUACAAAAAUGUUCUGCAGUAGAGGAGUUUAUUCCCAGUGCACAUCUGAUCGUUUCGCCGUUGGGAGCUGCACGUCAGUCAUGGGGUAUAGAGUGUAUACUGAACCAGAUGAAUGCCCGUUUGCGAAACCGGAACAUAUCUACACACCUCAUGGAAUGCUUUCCGCUCUCUGUACCCUUACGGUGAACAAUACUAUUCCUGGGUCGGUGACGGGCAAUGACUCGUGGUGCCUCGAUGGGGAUUCGCUCAAGGUGAAGGUGAAGGGAAAUGCCAAUAAGGUUGUGGGAGGCGUGUGUGUACGGGUGUCAUGUGAUGAGGGUAAAGUGAAAGUGAUGUACGCUGGCAACGACAAAUGGCACGACUGUCCCGAAGGAGGCUCCAUUACGCCACUGGCGAGCACAUCGACGUCAUUUGUAAGCGGGAAAAUCAAGUGCCCCAAGUACAGAGAGGUGUGCACCAUGACACCAGAUGGUGGCAGUCGUCUGAUCCCCAAAACUUCUGAACAGAAGCAAUAA